CUUGCUUUACCAUUUUAUCCUCUUUCCUAGGGUUUCUUUGCUCUUCAUUCAUUUCUAUUUUCUUUCUGCCAUUUCUUCUCCGUUAUUUCUUACUUCUUGGUCAAGCUUGUGUGGGCUCGAUACAACAAUUUUUCACAUUUUUCUGUCCGACGCAAUCAUGGCAGAUGACACACAUGCUGGUCUUGCAGCAAUCAUGGCAAGUGAAAAACAUAGUGAUAUUACGGAGGGCAGUGAAGAAAUACCUCCGUCUGAUCCCUUGUUUAAGAAGAAAAAGAACAUUUUGAUGCAAGAUCCUGAUGGUGGUUGCUCCAAUGAGGGGCUCCAACUGCAGAAUCAUGCAGCUAACUCUUCUGAGGUGUGUAAAACAAGGCAGAAACCCCGACAAAAGCUCGUCAGAAUUAUAGUCACUGACCCUGAUGCUACUGAUACUGACUCUUGCACCAGCGAAGAUGUUGAAAAACCUAUAACGCCACGAGGAGGGGAGAGGCAAGUAACACAGAUCUGCAUUGACAUUCCCUCAGAUUCUGCUUCCUUAUUUGUCUCUACUCCUUUUCCUGCCAAGGAAGACUUGACCCAUGUUGGGAAACCAAAGAAAUCAUUCAACAAUCAUGUCUCAGUUGGCGGCCACAAGAAGUACAGGGGUGUUCGCCGGAGGAAAUGGGGUCGGUGGGCUGCUGAAAUCCGAGACCCUGCAAGUCGAAAAAGGCUCUGGCUUGGAACAUUUGACACUGCAGAGGAAGCUGCCUCAGAGUAUGACAGAGCUGCUGUGAAGCUCAGGGGUCCUGAUGCCAUCACCAACUUCCCUCUGUCGGUGACAAAGGAGGUGAAGCCUGCCACCAUCCGUGAUAGCUCAAGCACUGAUAGUUUUAUCUCAUUCGGUGCACUGGCAUCCCCAACCUCUGUGCUGUCUUAGGAUGUGGACUAUGGUUUCGUUACAUGGACAUGGAUACCUCUGGUUUUGAUUAUGUAACUUAACGUGGAUAUCCAGAGACCCUUGUCAGCAAUAGCCACACAAUUUUAUCUUUAGUCUUAGGACGUGAUCGUGGGAUGUCAUCCUUAAUCACAUGGGAUGAAAUGAAACCAUCUUUGUACAGUAUUAGUAUAUAAUGCGUCGAUCGGAAUCCCUGACCUAUGGUAGUAUUGCCAGAACAUUGGUGCCAUGGUGCCCAAUCACUAACCAGUAGGCUUAGCACUGCGGAGCGAAUAAAUAAUUAUGUGUUUGCAUCCUAUUAUUGCCCAUGUUCCAGGCAAACACUUUCAAAUUCAUAUCGUUUCAUUUUGCC